AAAAAAAUAUAUAGCGAAUAAGAUGGCAGUUGAGUGGAUACACCGCCACAAUAGUUUUAUACAAAUGAAUAUAUCAAAGCAUUUUUCACCAUUAUCAUCAGAACGGAUUACCACGACCACACGAAAAAUUGUGCAUAUAAAUUUAACAAAUCCUGUAGUGCAUAAAGCACUUAAGAAUGUCUCACAGACGUCAAUAUGGAAUGACUCAGGAACAUGAAUAACAAUAUUUUUAUACUCAAUAAUAUUUCUACUUGCUGUGAUUGGAAACUUAUUAGUUAUAUUAACAUUAAUUCAAAGCAGACGAAUGAGAACAAUAACAAAUGUCUUUCUCCUUAAUUUGGCCAUAUCCGAUUUAUUGUUGGGAAUAUUUUGUAUGCCAUUUACAUUAAUCGGAAUGUUAUUGAGAGAUUUUAUUUUUGGUGAAAUUAUGUGCAAGCUGUUACCGUAUUUACAAGCAACAUCAGUAAGCGUAUCAGCGUGGACCUUAGUGGCAAUUAGUGUUGAAAGAUACUGUGCAAUUUGUCAUCCGCUAAGUUCUAGACGAUGGCAAACAUUGAAUCACGCAUAUAAAUCCAUUAUCUUAAUUUGGAUCGCAAGUUUGUUUUUUAUGGUGCCUAUAGCGACAUUGAGCAAGCUUAUUCCAACGAGUCUGGGACAUAAAAAGUGUCGUGAAGUGUGGCCAACGGAACCGAUACGAUACGAAAAAAUUUAUAAUCUUUUUCUUGACGUUUUAUUAUUGAUACUUCCACUGGUGAUGCUAGCUGCUGCCUAUACAAUGAUAUCACGUACCCUUUGGCAAAGUAUGGAUGUUGAAAAGCAAAUUGUGAGACAAGCAUCAGUCUAUUCAAAUGCUGGAUCUACGAGGAAAAGAUGUAAAAUAAACGAUGGGAUUUCUUUUCAAAAACUCCGUAAUUCAUCACAGGAAAUAACGUUGUUGAAUCGGGAACGAGAAUCUAAAAAGCAUGUGUUUGGGAUACGAAGAUCGAAUCCUGAGAAGAGUCUAUUAAAUAAGCGUCGUGUUAUUAAAAUGCUUUUUGUUGUUGUCAUCGAAUUCUUCAUAUGUUGGACACCAUUAUAUAUAAUCAAUACGAUAGCUCUGUUUGAUCCAAAGGCAGUAUAUCAGCAUUUAGGCUAUACGGCCAUAAGUUUCUUCCAGUUAUUGGCAUAUUCAUCCUCUUGCUGUAAUCCUAUCACGUACUGUUUCAUGUCUCUGGGAUUCCGUAAAGCAUUUCUAAAUCUUUUUCGAUGCUUUCGUCAUGAACCCAACAGAAGGAUCAGCGUCAGUGGAUAUUGCAUAAAUACAUCAGCUGGAAGUGCCGAGGCGUGUCAAAUUUUGGCAGCUACUGUCAAUUCUAUUAUGCAAAAUGAAAGUAGUAGCAAUACAAUGCCUGAUGUCGAGAAUGAUGUUAAAAAUAGUUUUAAUUUUCAAGAUUUAAAUUUUAAUGAAUUCUUAAAUCAUGAUGAUAGAGUUUCUACAGAUUUUAUAGAUUAAGAAUUUUGAAUAAGUGUG